CGGCGCGCGAAAAGCAGCAGCAGGAAGUGAGAGUAGCUGAAGGGAAACGGCGGCCAGUUUGGGAUUUGAAUCUAUCAAACAACUUCCAUAAUCUACAAACAUCUACAUUAAUAUGGCAGACCCAAAGGACCAGGAAGACCAUGAAACCGCUGUAGACGGCACAGAGGACUCCAAUCAUGAUCCCCAAUUUGAGCCCAUCGUGUCCCUUCCUGAGCAGGAUGUGAAAACAUUAGAAGAGGAUGAGGAGGAACUCUUUAAAAUGCGGGCUAAACUAUAUCGGUUUGCCUCUGAGAACGACCCUCCCGAGUGGAAGGAGAGAGGCACUGGUGACGUCAAGCUGCUGAAACAUAGAGAGAAGGGCACAAUCCGCCUCUUGAUGAGGAGAGACCGAACUUUAAAGAUUUGUGCCAAUCACAACAUUGUACCCAUGAUGGAGCUGAAGCCCAACGCAGGCAGUGACAGGGCCUGGGUGUGGAACACACUAGCAGAUUAUGCUGACGAAAGCCCCAAACCUGAACUUCUGGCAAUACGCUUUUUAAAUGCAGAAAAUGCUCAGAAGUUCAAAGUGAAGUUUGAUGAGUGCAAGGAGGAGGUCAAAAAAUCUCAAGAGGGAACAGGUGACACUGAUAGUGCAGACAAAGUGGCAGAGAAGCUGGAUGAACUCUCUGUAAAGGACAAGGGAUCGGAGGAAAAGAAAGAAGAGGACAAAAAGACUGAGAAGAAAGAAGACGAGAAAAAGGAGGUGAAGGCCGAGGAGAAGAAUUGAGAACCAAGAACUCGCUUUGCAGAUCUUCAAUUUAUCAGUUUUUUCCUCUUUUUCUACAAUAGACUCUAAAUGAACUGAAUUUGGACACUUGCAUAUUAUUAGUUGUUUUUUUUUUAAAUCUGUUUUGCCUCAAGAUCACAAGUCCUUGAUGCCACUGAGGGAAAAAUAGAUAGUGAAUUUAUGGGGAAAAAGAAGCCCUUUCCCUCCCACCCCUUUUCCUCUUUGCACCAUGGAAUGCCAAGCUUUCCAUCCUUGUCAUCUACAGUUCAAAGUUACUUUUGACAAACUGUGAAAAGAGGCUUGUGAUAGUGAUAAUUCCCACAUUGGGGUAUUAUUUUUUUGUUUUGUUUAUUCUGAAGCAGAGUUUGUUUGUAGGGAGAGAGGAUAAUGUAGCCUGCUUGUUAGCAGCACAGGGUCAGGGUCCAGGCAUUAUGGAGGUGCAUUCAAAAUUAUAUAAAAUCCCCUGAUGCAUCUCAGUGGGCCUUCUCACCCUGUCCACUGUCCAUGCUUCCACUGUUAGAACACAGCAAGUAAGGCGAAGACUUCUCAGUGGAUGCCUUGUAGAAAUAGUUCCUUCUAGGUUCCCUCUUAUUUCGGUUCUUUUGGAAACUGCUAUGAAGAGGAACCCACUCCAGACAGUUAAGGGGCGUCAGAUGCAUGCUGCAGAUUGCAGUGUCCAGCUGACUGACAGGGGAUCAGAUGCACUUAGCUAAGCUUUUUUUUUUUUUUUUUUCCUCCUUUUAAGUAUCUGAAUAUUUUUUAAGUCCAAAGUCAACGGUUCAUCAGAGUUUGGUGCAGCUACGCUCUGACUUAAAGUUCCUCACAAGGAAACCAAGUUUGUAUUCUUUAGAUCCUAACAUUCCCAGACUUUCAAGCAUGUAGAGUAUAUGUAACAGAGUGUGCCCUAUCUGAUCUGUGUGCUCACCACCCUUUCCUUUUCUUUCCACUAAUUGAGUUCUUAACCUUGCCUCUUAAGUGCAUCUAAGUGCCAGUGCAUCUGUAAAUACAUGUACAUGGAUGAAAUGUUACUUCUCAUUUGCACUCAAAUGAUUUGAAAUGUUUCCUCCACCUUCGAAUAAAACGCUGUCAAAGAC